CCAUGUACACCGAUAGCUAGCUCGUAUCAUCGCUGUGAAAAUGUACCCAGUAUGAAGAUGAAGGGGUCCUAAAUUCCAGCUACAAUUGAGCGUUUGGUCGUGAACAGUCUUUGACAAGCUUUGCGAUGCUUUGCUGAGCGCGCAAAGCCAGCUGCCUUUCAAUACGCUUUGCCGCAUUUAGGCAUGGUGAGCAUGGUCUGCUACACCAAAAUUAGGAGCUACACAGCUACUGACGUCCUGAUCUCAUAAUGUCUUCCAUUAACCCAUUUCAUCAAAUAAGAACCCAUCUUGCCAAGAGCGCGGGCAAUAUCUAUCAGGAUGACAAGCACUUUUACGUAUUCUUGCAGGAGGAAAAGAAUGGUUUAGAGCUUUUCAAGCAACUGGCUGGACAGAGAAGGCAGGCAGGUCACGCAAUGGUGACAUAUGGAAGACCACUUGGAGACGAUCUGACAGACGUCACAGACAAAGUGGGGCAGUUGAUGAAUUGCUGGAGCGACGUGUUGCAGGAAUUUGCCAAUAACUUUGAGCAAUAUCGGAAUACAUUCAAGACAAUCGCAGAAAGAGAGAAAGUCCUGAUGUCGGACAGGGAAAAGAAGCGAUCGCUGGAGGAUAGGAUUCAUUCAACGCAACGUAACCAGCCAGAAGCAGUUCAUCGCAUCAACGAAUUUAAAACACAGUUGGCGGAUUUGGAACAGAAAAUGCUUCCUGCUGAGACUGAGAUUGGUAAUUACAAGAGGAUGGCCACGAAGGAAGCGCUAUAUUUGUUAUUCAAUGGAAUGCACGAGUUAGGAAGCAAGACUGACAUCAUUGCCACCACUGCCAAAUACUGUGCUGACCAAGUGAACGUUCAUCCUAUCCAACCAGGGGAACAACGGGAACCUUAUCGAGGUACCACGCAGACAUCCAACAUGGUGAAGGAUGCCAAGAGAGCGCUUGACAGUUGGACACCGGAUCAAAACAAAGUUCGUCGAACACUAACCUCUGCUAACCGCGGACGCAACCCUCUCGUGGGCCGCAGACGACCAAGUGACGUGGACAAGGAAUUGCCCGAGAUACCCGAGCCUUCCCAAUCUCAGGACAGGUUGGAUGCACCUAAUCCUAUGGCUUCGUUAAGUACGCCCACCUCGCAACGUGAUCGGGUUCGACACAGAACAACGUCCAUUACCAACGCAAACGAUGAUGAAUACGACACUCGAUCAUCCUACCGUCAUUCUACACCUAUCGCCGCGGCGGACUACGAUCCACGUAAACCAGAUGAAAUUAGACCACCUUCUCCAUGGGAUCAUCAUUCACCCUCGCCACCUUCUCGUGGCCCCUCCCCGACCUACCCCCCUGGAUCCUAUUACCUCACACCUCCGGAAUAUCAACAAUACUAUCAGUUUUAUGAGCAGUACACUCCACCUCAACCUUGGGAAGAAGCGGCCGGCCAGCUAAUUCGAUCACCGGCUGUGUUCCAUCCUACUGCACAUCCAACGGAAAGUCGACGAGAUGCUGGAGGAUUUGUUUUGCCGGGAAGUGUGCCAUCUGAACAUGAGCCCGAGCUCCGUAGUCCUACGCCCACCUCCAACCCUCAGACCUCGGAGUUCAACAAUGCACCUAAACAGCAGCAGGAUCAGCAGGAGAACACGGCCAAGGAAGAUGUAAAAAACCAGAACACAGGUCAUAUGCCCGGGAACUUUCCAAGCGAUGGUGCAGCCAAGCCUGAUAAACUAGGGAAGCCAGAGCCUUCACAAACUAAACUUGACACGGCCAAGCCCAGUACUGCGAACACAACAGCUGGUGGUGGUCAAAAGGUGUCGGCGCUGUUAGCCAAAUUUCAGAAUCUGGGUAACAAGUGAUAUUGCAGAUCACUGCUAUCAGGACAUAUUUGAAUCCCAUACAAACAUGAGCACCGUCAUGUCCACUCGGAAUUGGGAAACCCCAAUGUUUCAUUAUUUAACGCUAUGCUAUCUAUUUACAUACUCAAAUACACACUUCACAUUUUUCCCAACGUCGCUGAUGAUAUACAUAAAUAACGAUCUCUGGAUCAAUAAAUACAA